AAUCCCAACCCAGAAAAUCGUAGGAGAAGAGGGGAAAACCUUCUGAAACUGCAAGAAGCUUUUCCCAGACUACGAACCAGAGAGUGUGGAAGAAUUCAUCGCGAACAAUCAAUGUUAUUUCUUUAUCUAGUGUGUUGAAUUCAAUGGAGUCUCAUGUCCUUACCGGUGGGUCGAGCAAAAGUCAUGAAUCGACCGAAGAAGAAGAAGAAGAAGAAGGAUUGGCAAAGAACAACUUAUUUUCAAUGCUAAAACCCUACUGCAUGGAGCUUAUAGAUCUUACGCAAAACACUAGAAAGGAUUCCGAUGCUAUACCCGCCUUACUCCAACUCAUCCGCACUACUCCCUUCUGCUCUUCUCCAGCCCUUCUUCGACUAUACCUUGUUUCCUUUGCUGCUUCUUUUGGAUGCUGCAGUUCGUUGCAGAGGUCAGCUGAAGGAUGAUUCAGAUGAGAGAUUUCAUUUGCAUGAUGUCCCAAAAACACCUUAUAAAGUGAGUGAUAAAGUGGCAGAAGGAGUGAUCCAGUGUCUAGAGGAACUUCUUAAGAAAUGCCAUCUAGGAUCAGUGGAUCAGAUUGUUAUGAUUCUCAAGAAGCUAACUGAUGCAGCAUUGUUAACUCCAUCUGAGGCUGCAGAAGAGUUCCGUGAGGGAGUAAUAAAGUGUUUCAGGGCCUUGAUUUUGAGCUUACUUCCAUGCGGUAGUCUGUCUUGUUCAUGUAAACGUUCUUUUUGCUUGCCUGCACUGUCAGAUGGUCGAAGUUUCCAAACAACAAUUACUAGUCCAUCAAAAUAUGAUGCAGAACCUGGAGAAUGCUUGCUUGCAUUUUUACGGUCACAAACUGCUUCAGUUGCUGUUGGACAUUUGCUUUCGCUUCUGCUUAAAGCUGCAGAUACUGAAGCUAAGCGAGGACAUCGAGGCAGUGCAAGUCUCCGAAUUGAAGCUUUUAAGACCCUCCGAGUUCUUGUUGCUGCGGUUGGUACGGCAGAUUCUCUGGCUUUCUUUCUUCCUGGUGUUGUUAGUCAAUUUGCCCGAGUUUUACAUAUGUCAAAAACAAUGAUUAGUGGGGCUGCUGGAAGUGUUGAAGCUAUGGACCAAGCAAUUAGAGGCUUAGCAGAAUAUCUUAUGAUAGUCCUGCGUGAUGAUGCCAAUUCAUCUGCUCUUGAUAUGUCUAUUGACAUUAAUACCACAAAUAGAUAUAUGUCUACGGAGUCAUUUAUGGAGCAACUCUGUCGUUUACCAAUUAAAGAUCAAAGACACAGUCAAGUGGUGGCAGAAAAUACAAUUGAUGAAGCAGGUAACAUUGUCAUUAAAAAUUCCCAAUGCAGCAAGAAAAAGAGCUCUGCCUUUGUCAAGGAAAUUGGAUCUCUCCAUCUAGAUCGCACAAAGGAGUGGAUUGAGGAGACAGCAAGACAUGUGAAUAAAUUAUUGUCUGCUACUUUUCCUCAUAUUUGUGUUCAUCCAGCAAAAAAGGUUAGAGAAGGACUUCUAGCAGCAGUAAAAGGGCUUUUAUCUAAAUGUCCCCACACAAUGACAGAGAGCAGAUUGAUGCUGUUGGAAUGCCUAUGUGUCCUAGUUGCUGAUGACUCUGAUGAAGUUUCUUUAGCUGCCCAGGAGUUUCUUGAGUAUUUAUCCUUUGUGAGUCGGGAAUCCCAUGUAGAAAAUGAUUUGACCAAGAUCUUUAACAGGCUGAUUGAAAAGCUUCCAAAAGUGGUGCUUAGGAGCGAGGAAGCACUUGCGCUGUCUUAUGCUCAGCAGUUGUUUGUGGUUAUUUAUUAUUCCGGUCCUCAGUACGUCGUGAAUCAUCUUCAGUCUCCAGUAAGAAAGAAAGCUGAUGGCCUGCGAAUUACCAAAAAUGGAUGUGGGUUCCAAAAAUCGAUUUACUUAGACAAAGAGGAACAUAAAUGGUUCCUUGAUGCAAUGGAUGAAUUUUGGUGGAGAAGGAGACCGGGCACGUGGGCUAAACACUUGGUAAAAAUGAACUACGAAUUAUGGUUGACUUUUGGUUCAAAUAGAAGAGGGGAGUAUUUGGUGUUAACAGUACAAGGAGAUCGUUGGGCAAAGAGAAUCUUCUUUCCAAGGGGAAUGCGGGGGAGAGGAUGGUGGAAACUGAUGGUGGCAGCCUUUGAAUUGGCGGAUAAACCAGUAAAAUGUCCUAAAAGUGUGUUUGAGGCAAAGGAACAAUGGGGAGCUACCCGAGAAGAAUUUGAUUAA